UGGCAUUUGUUUUCCUUUUUGACGCAGAGCAUGCGCACACGGCUCAAAAACUGAACAUCGAGUCUCAUAGUAGUGAAUUGGUUGUAAAAAAUAAUAAAAACAAAAAAAGAGGGGUGAAUUCCCGCCAAGCCCGAGAAAGAAUUCCCGCCACCGCCACCAUAACCUGUCCCUAACUCUUUGAGUCACUCAUUCACUGCACUCAUUCACAACACACAGCAAUGGCUCCUUCCCGCCGCAACACCAACGGUCGAUCACCGCUCGUCAAUCAACAGAGUCAAAUCACUUCCUUCUUCACCAAAUCCGCUUCCCCUUCGCCCUCUCCCACUCUCUCCAAAACCAACCCUAACCCUAACCCUAACCCUAACCCUAGUCCCACCCCUGCUACUCCUUCUCCUCUCAAUCCCAAACGCUCCAAGCCCCUUCUUGUAAUCGGCGCUUCCACUUCUCCACCCUCCGCUUCGCCUUCUCUCUACUUUCAAGAGCUCAUUGGCCGAAGGAUCAAGGUUUAUUGGCCCUUGGACAAAGCCUGGUACGAAGGCUCCGUCAAAUCCUUCGAUAGCCUCACCUCUAAGCACGUGGUUCGUUACGACGAUGGCGAAGAAGAAUCCCUCGACCUCUCCAAGGAGAAGAUCGAGUGGCUUCAGGAAUCGUCUUCCAAGAAACUUAAACGCCUGCGUCGCGGCGUCCCCGCCGUUAGGAAGAUGAUGAUCGACGACGACGACGAAGAAGUUGAAGAAGAAGAAAGUCACAAAAAAGAUGAUGAUGAUGAUGAUGAUUCCAAUGACGAAGAUUGGGGGAUGAAGGCUGCAUUGGAGGAUGCUGGGGAUGCCGAAGAAGAUACGGAUUUAGAGGAUGAAAACGACGUGGCAGAGAGGGCUAAAGGGAAAAAGGUAGAGACUAAAAAGCGGAAACUAAGCGGAACAGAGAAACAAGAGCCGGCAAAAAAGAGCAAGAGUGGAGUGGAAGUUGGUAAGGGAGCUUUCAAGCUCUCAGUGUUGGAGCCUACGAGUAAUUUGGAGAUUAAAGAGACAUCUAAUGGCACUGACAAUGUUGCGAUUACUGAGAUCUCUGAAAGAUUUGCACUGCGUGAAGCUCAGAAAUUGCGCUUCCUGAAGGAAGAUCGCAGGGAUGCCAAGCGAAGGCGACCAGGGGAUGAAAAUUAUGAUUCAAGAACAAUCUACUUGCCUCCUGAUUUCUUAAGGAGUUUGUCAGAUGGUCAGAAACAAUGGUGGGAGUUCAAGUCAAAGCAUAUGGACAAAGUUUUGUUUUUCAAGAUGGGUAAAUUUUAUGAGCUUUUUGAGAUGGAUGCACAUGUAGGUGCGAAAGAGCUUGACUUGCAGUAUAUGAAGGGAGACCAACCUCAUUGUGGAUUUCCAGAGAAGAAUUUCUCAAUGAACGUGGAGAAACUAGCUAGGAAGGGUUAUCGAGUUCUUGUUGUAGAGCAGACUGAAACACCUGAACAGCUGGAGCUUCGUCGCAAGGAGAAGGGCUCUAAAGAUAAGGUUGUAAGGCGUGAAAUAUGUUCAGUGGUUACAAAAGGUACAUUAACAGAUGGGGAGUUGCUGUCAGCAAACCCAGAAGCUGCAUAUUUAAUGGCCCUGACGGAGCAUCACGAAAAUCACCCAACUGAAGUUUCAGAGCAUCUCUAUGGUGUUUGUAUAGUUGAUGUUGCCACAAGUAGAGUCAUUCUUGGACAGUUUAAGGAUGACUUGGAGUGCAGUGUCUUGUGCUGUAUCUUAUCUGAGAUCAGGCCUGUUGAAAUUGUGAAACCUGCUAAACUACUCAGUGCUGAAACGGAGAGAGUACUGCUGAAGCAUACCAGAGAUCCUUUAGUGAAUGAAUUAGUUCCAAUUGUGGAAUUCUGGGAUGCUGACAAAACUGUGGAUCAAUUAAAGAGAAUUUAUGGGAACUCUAAUGAUGUUAGUGUUAACAAUAAUGAGUUAGAUUGCCUGCCAGAUGUUUUACUGGAGCUGGUGAAAACAGGUGACGACAGUAGAAGUGCACUUUCAGCACUAGGUGGUGCUCUGUAUUAUCUGAGACAGGCUUUUCUAGAUGAGAGAUUGCUUAGAUUUGCAAAGUUUGAGUUACUUCCUUGUUCUGGUUUUGGUGAUCUUGCUUCAAAACCCUACAUGGUUCUUGACGCGGCUGCCCUGGAGAAUCUUGAGAUUUUUGAGAAUAGCAGGAAUGGAGAUUCUUCAGGCACGCUCUAUGCCCAACUAAACCAAUGCGUUACUGCUUUUGGAAAGAGAUUGCUAAAGACUUGGCUUGCAAGACCAUUAUGUCAUGUGGAGUCAGUUAAGGAACGCCAGGAAGCUGUUGCAGGUUUGAAGGGAGUUAAUCUACCUUCUGCACUAGAAUUUCGAAAAGCAUUAUACAAGCUACCUGACAUGGAGCGGUUGCUUGCCCGCAUCUUUUCCUCUAGUGAAGCUAGUGGAAGGAAUGCUAAUAGAGUGGUUCUGUACGAGGAUGCUUCUAAGAAGCAACUGCAAGAGUUUAUUUUAGCUCUGCGUGGUUGUGAACAGAUGGCUCAAGCAUGCUUUUCACUUGGUGUCAUUUUGAGUCAUGUAAAAUCUAGACAACUUCAUCAUCUGUUAACACCGGGUAAAGUUCUUCCUGAUGUUUGUAUGGAUCUUAAUCAUUUCAAGGAUGCCUUUGAUUGGGUGGAAGCCAAUAAUUCUGGGCGUAUAAUACCUCGUGAAGGAGUUGACACAGAGUAUGACUCAGCCUGUAAGGCGGUUAAAGAGAUUGAGUCCAGUUUAUUGAAGCAUCUUAAGGAACAAAUGAAACUACUUGGAAGCACAUCAAUUACUUAUGUCAAUGUUGGAAAGGAUACAUACCUAUUGGAAGUUCCAGAAAAUUUGUCUAAGAAUAUUCCUCGAGAUUAUGAACUGCGCUCAUCCAGAAAAGGCUUCUUUAGAUACUGGUCUCCAGAUAUUAAAGUUUUCUUAAGAGAGCUCUCCCAUGCUGAAUCUGAAAAGGAGUCCUUGUUGAAAAGUACAUUGCAGAGAUUAAUUGGGCGUUUUUGUGAACAUCACGCUAAGUGGAAGCAGUUGGUGUCUACAACUGCAGAACUGGAUGUCUUGAUCAGUUUAGCAAUUGCUGGUGACUACUAUGAAGGACCAACAUGUAGACCUAGUUUUGUAGGCACAUUAUGUACAAAAGAAGCUCCUUACCUCCAUGCCAAAAGUUUGGGACACCCAGUCCUUAGGAGUGAUACCUUAGGCAAGGGUGACUUUGUACCCAAUGACAUAACCAUUGGUGGUUCAGAUCAUGCUAGCUUUAUUCUUCUAACAGGUCCUAACAUGGGUGGGAAGUCAACCCUUCUUCGUCAAGUUUGCUUGACUGUGAUUUUGGCCCAGGUAGGAGCUGAUGUCCCAGCAGAAAGUUUUGAUUUGUCCCCUGUUGACCGGAUUUUUGUUAGAAUGGGGGCCAAAGAUAAUAUAAUGGCAGGCCAAAGUACAUUUUUAACUGAGCUUUCAGAAACUGCAUCAAUGCUGUCAUCAGCUACUUGUAAUUCAUUGGUGGCUCUGGAUGAGCUUGGGCGAGGGACUGCAACUUCUGAUGGGCAAGCCAUUGCGGAAUCAGUAUUAGAACAUCUUGUGCGGAAGGUGCAGUGUCGCGGAUUGUUUUCUACCCACUAUCAUCGAUUAGCUGUUGAUUAUCUCAAAGAUCCGAAGGUCUGUCUCUGCCACAUGGCAUGCCAAGUUGGUAGUGGAAUUGCAGGUUUAGACGAAGUCACCUUUCUUUACAGGCUUACCCCCGGUGCUUGCCCCAAGAGCUAUGGUGUUAAUGUUGCUCGGAUAGCUGGCCUUCCAACUUCUGUGCUUCAGAAGGCUGCUGCCAAAUCCAGAGAAUUUGAGGCCACUUAUGGUAAAUGCAGAAAGGUAUCUACUGUAACAAACUCUCCCAAUAAAAAUUGGGUUGAUGAGAUAGCAGCAAUCAUUCAAAUAUUGAACAACGCGGCAACACAGGAAACCAUUUGCGUUGGUUCCCUAAGUGAACUUCAGGAUAAAGCAAGAGAACUAAUGCAAGGAUGUUAAAUUAUUUCAAGACAGAUAUUAUUAGCAAUCCUCUUAAUAGUGGUUAUUCAUUAUUUUGAAUUUAUGGCCAUAUUCUACGUUGAUAUCAAUCCUGAUAAGAUAUGGCCGAGUCUUGAUUGUAUGUUGGCUGUCCAACAUAUCAGUCUUGUUGGAAGUGUGCUUGACGACCCAUUGUACAUGUUUUGCAGGUUAUCUAGUAGAUUUUUUUUUAAAAGUUGUUAAUACAAAUGCCAACUCGGUUGUUCCUUCUAUUUGCAAGUA